CAGAAGCAAAAACUGAGUAAGCCUUUUGAGGCCCUGGAGAAUAUUGUUGGCCGCCGAAUUUCUCAUGGCUGGAAGGAAGCCAAUGAACCAGUCACCCAGUGGAAAGCCAUCAUUCUCGAUCAACUGCCAAUAUAUCCCUCUCUCUAUUUGUUGAAAUAUGAUGGGAUUAAUUGUGUCUAUGGCUUGGAGCUUCACAGCGAUGAAAGGAUUUUAAACCUUAAGAUCCUGCCUAAUAAUGUGCCAUUUCCUCAGGUGACAGACACUCAUCUGUCAAACACCAUAGUUGGCAGAGCAGUGAAACAUACAUCCACGGGCACAAAUGGCUCUAAGGAAGACUGGAAUGGGAUGGUCCUAGAGGAGGUGCCAAUCAUGAAGACCUGGUUCUAUAUUACCUACAAGAAAGAUCCAGUCGUGUAUGUUUACCACCUCCUGGAUGACUACCUUGAAGGCAACCUCCACAUCAUGCCAGGCUCUAAGGAUGAGUGCAGUGUCAUGGUCCCAGAUGAGGAGAAUGAUCCAGUCCUGGAUUCCUUGGCAGGCAAAGGUGUGCAGUACAACAAAAAAGAUGGAACCCAAGAGAUAGGUAAAAUUAUUUGCCAAGUUCCCACCAAACCUUCUGUGUAUUUCAUCAAGUUUAAUAAUGACUUCCAUAUCUAUGUCUACGAUUUGAUAGCCCAACGUCUCCUUGAUCAGAUAAUGCUAAUGAUAAGGACUGCCCUGGAUGCCCUUGUUCCAAACAAGUGCCUGAAGCCUCUUCAAGUGGCAGGGAAGUAUCUGAAGAACUAUGAAAAUAUGAUUGAGAAGGUUUCAGAGAUCUGGCGACAGAUGGUGGAUACUGUAAAGAAUUUUGCACAGACAGGGAAGUUUUCUGAGGGAUUUCGGAUGAAGCAGGAUACUUCCUAG